CGUUGAACACCGUCUUGCCCGAAUUUUCCACCGCGCCUCGUCCUGUGACCUCUCCUCCCACUCGACGAGUUCCCUUUGCAUCUCCCCGCAACCAUGGUCCAGAAAAAGAAGAAGAAGCCCGCGGCCAACCCGGCCCGCGCCGUUGCCACCACUUCCAUAGCAAGCAAGCCCAAGAUUGACAAGAAACUUGACUCUGCCGAUGCCUCUGACGCUGGCAGUGCGCCCGCUGCCCCGACGCCCGCCAUUUCCGAUGACCCCGUUGCCUCCCCUGCGCCCGGCUCGAUCCAGGCCCCCAAGGAGCUGCACCAGCUCACCCCCGAGGAGCUCGAGCUGCAACUUGAGCGCGGUGAACUGCAACUCCUGGUCGAGAAGCAUGCGCAAAAGGUGCGCAAAGAGUCCGCCCGUCACCUCACCAGGCUCCAAACGGAUCGCCGCGUCCUUCGCACCCAGUCUCAGUAUCUGCCCACGAGAGAAUGGCUCCCCGAGGACUUGAUGUCUCAGAUCCUGGACCUGGUGAAGGAUGAAAUGAACGAUGACUUUCAAUCUCCCGAGCACAAAUACUCCAUUCGCAAUCUCUCCGAAGAAGAUGCCAUUGCCCGCUUCUGGACCCUCAGUCAGACCCUAGUGGAUUUGGGCUUCUCCAGGGAAAGGGUUAAACAGAUGCUCGUUCUUAUUGGCCGGAACCCGCCGCCCGUGGACGGAAACACUCAGACCGUAUGGGGCCUCCAGGAAAGUCUUGACUGGCUUGCGGUCAAUUGUCCAGUCGACGAGCUCCCGCCGUAUGAAGCACAACCUAGUCAACCACUCACGGAUACCACGAAUUCAUCAAGAUCUAACUCUCCGUCAAAACGUCAUCCAGCUACAGACUCACCAGCGUCUGACCGGAAUCCUGUCAAACAAUCACCGGCUUCGAAUCAGGCACAGGCUAAGGAAUCCGCUCCGGAGGACGAUGUAGACGUCAGCGAUCUCGAUAGCGACAUGGAGCCAGAUCAGCUUCUGUCCACUUACCUGGAUGUAAAGUCACGGUUAUUCCAUAUCAACCCUGAGCUGGUUGCAGCGCCGAGUAAAAGUUCGAAAGGCAAAAAGUCUAAGAAUUCUAAGCAAAGUAUUUCUCUGUCACCGGGUGCGCUUAAACUUCAACAAAAACUUCAGAAAAUAGAGUCCGAUGUGUUGUUUGAUCAGCGGGAAGCAGACGAACAGUGGGCCUCUAAGCGUAAUGAUUUACUCAGAGAAGUGCCGGCACGAUCUCGCCAAAAACGCCAAGAAUCUCCAAAGGAAAAGCCGGUUGAAGUAGAAGAAUCCCAGCCAGAAACAUCCAGUGCUGUCGAUGACAUCAUGCGGGAAGCUGGCCUGGCCGGGGAUGCUCUUGCCCAAGAGUCCGAUGAAGACGGAGGGAUGCUGGGUGAAAUGUUCUUGGCAGAACCUGGGGAACCAGGCCAAGCUGCACCCAAUGGUGGGGACGGAGACACCACACCGGUCACAAUUCGCGAUUUUGGCAAGACCGUGGGAAUGAGUCCUCGACGAGUGUUAGAAGAAGCUUGUCGUGCAAGGGACUCGGGUGUACGUCUUACGUUCAAACACGUCUCUCCUACAACUUACUCCAGCCGCCACUCUGUUACGAUAUACUGGUCGAAAGACCAAGAUCUUAUUAGCGUCUCUGCUGUUCCUUCGGUUACAUGCGAGCUACGGGCUAGAUCGAUGAGUUUCACCAUGAAAGGCAUUGCGACUCCAGGAACGCAGCAAAGCGAGGCAUAUGUUUCCGUCGCCGCCCUUUUUCUAGUAUUUUCCACUUCACCUAGGGAAGAAAAAGUUUAUAUGAGACUGCCCCCGGCUUGGCGAGACUUAUGGGCCGAGUUUGCAGAGGCGCAGAAAGACAUCACGGAUACGAACGACCGCGAAACGAUCAAGGAGCUUCGUACCAUGAUUCAAGAACAGGUAGAGCGAGAAGAGGAAGAUGGCGUGGUGCUGAUGAAUGGUUUCAAAAAGCGCGGAGGAACGCCGCGGAUUGAAUCAAGAGGCUCGGAAUUACCGAUGCGGUCGAGUGAUACGCCGAAUGAUGUAUCAGAGCAGUUGAAGGCUUUGUGGAACGCGAAGUCCUCUUCGCCAGCAUACCAACGCAUGCUUACGUCAAGGGAGCAACUGCCAAUGGCGCGGUUCCGGGAAGCCGCAUUAUCCGCCAUUGAACGCAACCAGGUCACUAUUUUAUGUGGUGAGACUGGAUGCGGUAAGAGUACACAGCUUCCAGCAUUUAUCUUGGAGCAUGAGCUGGCAAAUGGGAAACCUUGCAAGAUCUAUUGCACCGAACCGAGACGUAUCUCGGCCAUCUCUUUAGCUCAACGUGUUAGCGAGGAAUUAGGUGAAGACAAGAAUGCCGUUGGAACAGCAAGAUCUUUGGUUGGAUACGCUAUUCGUCUGGAGUCCCAUAUCGCAGCGUCGACACGUUUGGUCUAUGCAACUGUUGGUAUUGUCCUUCGAAUGCUUGAAUCUUCGAAGGGCUUGGACGACGUCACUCAUUUGGUCAUCGACGAGGUUCACGAGCGAAGCAUCGACACCGACUUUUUGCUCAUUGUUCUCCGUUCCUUGAUGAUUCGCCGUCCCGAAUUGAAGGUUAUCCUGAUGAGUGCAACCGUUGACGCGGACCGCUUUUCGAAAUACCUCGAUGGUGCUCCGAUUGUGACGGUGCCUGGACGCACAUUCCCGGUUCAAACAAAGUUCUUGGAAGAUGCAAUUGAGCUCACGCAUUACAGCGCCAACAACAAGGGCUCAUACGGUGUUGACGAUGCCGUCGAUGAUGCCGAGGACGACAUGCCUGAUGGUGGUACGCCGUCUGGAGUUCGGGGCAACCUUCAAGGUUACAGCAACCAAACACGCAACGUGCUCAAGGAAUAUGAUGAAUACAGAAUCGACUACGAACUCAUCAUUCGAUUGAUUGAACGCGUCGCUUAUGACCAAGACUAUAGCAUCUAUAGUAAGGCAAUCCUUGUCUUCUUACCCGGUAUUGCGGAGAUCCGGCAGCUCAACGACAUGCUGGUCGGUCAUCAGUCCUUCAACCGGGAUUGGCAGAUUUUCCCUCUGCAUUCGACCAUUGCUAGUGAGGACCAGCAAGCUGCUUUCCUCGUUCCUCCUCCUGGCGUACGCAAGAUCGUCCUCGCUACUAACAUUGCCGAGACGGGUAUCACCAUUCCCGACAUUACCUGUGUCGUUGACACUGGCAAACACAAGGAAAUGAGAUUCGACGAGCGGAAGCAGCUGUCCCGACUCAUUCAAUCUUUCAUCUCCCGUGCCAAUGCUAAGCAGCGGAGAGGAAGAGCUGGCCGUGUCCAGGAAGGUCUCUGCUUCCAUCUCUUCACAAAGUGCCGACAUGAUGAACUUAUGGCCGAGCAGCAGACUCCUGAAAUGCUCAGGCUGUCGCUGCAAGACCUGGUUAUGCGUGUCAAGAUUUGCAAGUUGGGCGACAUUGAGCAAACGCUAUCACAGGCAUUGGAUCCUCCUUCAACCAAAAACAUUCGUAGAGCAAUCGAUGCGUUGGUAGAGGUCGAUGCUUUAACAGCUAACGAAGAGCUCACUGCUUUGGGACGACAGUUGGCCAAGCUUCCGCUGGAUGCCAACCUUGGCAAGCUAGCGCUCCUGGCAAGCAUAUUUGGUUGCGUUGACGUCGCUAUCACCAUCGCGGCCAUUCUCUCAUCUAAGGACCCAUUUCUCACUCCGCUGGGUGCUCGCCAACGGGCGGAUUCUGUACGCCUCGGAUUCAGACGGGGAGACUCGGAUCUACUGACGGCAUACAACGCGUAUACUACUUGGCGCAAGAUUUGCACCACGCCAGGCCAAUCUGAGUUCCAGUUUUGCCAGAAAAACUUCCUGUCCCGACAGAACCUCAGCAACAUCGAAGACCUCAAGUCGCAGCUCAUGGGCUCACUUGUCGAGGCUGGUUUUGUAACGCUUUCCGCGGACGAGCGCGCCGCUCUGAGCAAGUAUCGGUACUCUUCACGACAGCGCAGCUUCGUCGCUGUGCCAGCAGCUUCCAACAUCAACACCAACAACGACAUAUUGAUCAACGCGGUCAUUGCGUGGUCAUUCUACCCCAAGAUCCUGACGCGGGACGGCAAAGGCUGGCGAAACAUUGCAAACAACCAGUCGGUGUCGCUGGCGCCCACGUCCGUCAACAAACAUCCCCCCAACCCCAAGGAAAUCAAGUACCUCUCGUACUACCACAUCAUGCAGUCGAGCUCCAAGUUCUAUAACGCGCACUCGACGUCGGUCGCGCACGACCUACCGCUCGUGCUGCUGGCCGGCGAGGCCGAGAGCAGGCUACAUGCCGGCGUUGUCCAGGUCGAUGGCAACAGACUGCGCUUCGCGCUCAAGGACUGGAAGACGACUGUUGCGGUCAAGACGCUGCGCGCACGGGUCAAGGAGAUCGUGAACCAGAGCUUCAAGAACCCGGGCAAGCCGCUUAGUCGGCGGCAGCAGCGGUGGCUGGAGCUGUUCUUUAGGUCGUUUGAUCGCUCGGCUGAUCGGGCGGGCAUGUCGGUUGCGAAGGCGUAGAUGGAGAUGGAGAAGGCCUUUGCGUUCUUUCCCUUUGUUUGAAUUGCUAGGGCUUGAUGGAGAGCAGUGCUAUGCUCCGUAUUUUGUGAAAAGAGCUGCAUGUUGGGAUAGACGGUUAGGACUGGUAGCGGACUUGGCAUGGUGCAUUAGAAUCGUUUUUUGUAAGCGUACGUUUAUACGUAGAACGUUGAUUGAUGAGUGCUA